AGUUUACGCAUGCGUAGAGCAGUAAAGGUUGUGCAUCUCAUUGUUUACAGGUGCAUUCAGUACAACCGUGUGAGGGAUUCCGUGCUGUACUGGCGUUGUACUCGUUUCGUUUCGUCUCGUCUCUCGAGGUAAAGCAUGGCGGACGAGCAGCCUUCUUCUGAUGCCGGUGCCAGCACCGAGGUAGAGACCAAGAAGCUGAGCGAGCUACGUGUGAUCGAUCUCAAGGCCGAGCUGAAGAAGCGGAACCUGGACACCGGCGGUAACAAGAGCGCCCUCACCGAGAGGCUGAAAAGGGCUAUUGAGGAAGAGGGUGGUAAUCCAGAUCAGAUACAAUUAACCAGUGACACUCCUAGCAAAAAGACUCCUAAACGCAGCGGAAGAGUGCCAAAGCAUGAGGAAGUUGAUGACAACGGCGUAGAGGAUGAUUCUGGUGAUAGUCAGGAGAAUGAAGACACAAGCCAGGACCAAGAAAAUGAGAAAGUGCUCAAGAUAUUGGGGGAAAAUGAUAAAUGUGAACAGCUUAAAGAAGAGGUUCCAGAAGUAGAAGAUUCAGUUAAUCAAGAGGACAGUAGUGUUGAAGCGGAGAAGCCCAAGGAGGAAGAGGUUUUUGUGACAAUCGAAUCUGCGGACAGCACCUUGGAUUUAGAUGGAGAAUCCAAUCAUGGUUGUGAAGAUGAAGAAAGUAAAGAUUUAGCUUCAGAUGAUAGGGAUGAAGGCACAGACAAAGAUACAGACUUUGAAAUGAUAGAUCUAGAUAAAACGAGUGAUCAGAGUAGCCAGAUUCAAUCUGAUCUCACUGGAAACUUGGAAAAUGAGGGCAACCCACCUGAUGGUGGAGAAGUUACCAAGGAAAGUGAAGAUGUGCAAGAAGAAAGAUCUGCCAUAAGAGAGUCCUCUUCAAAAGAGGAUGAUCAGAAAAUGAGUUCGACAGAUGAUGAACCUGGUAAAAGCAUUACGAAAGAUGAGAAAGGUCAAAUUGAUGCUAGUUCUGGAAAGAAUUUGUGGGUGAGUGGACUUUCAUCUACCACAAGAGCCACAGAUUUGAAGAAUCUGUUCAGCAAAUAUGGGAAGGUUGUUGGUGCAAAGGUGGUAACCAAUGCUCGUAGUCCUGGUGCACGCUGUUAUGGAUUUGUUACCAUGUCCUCCUCAGAAGAUGCAACAAAGUGCAUAAACCAUCUCCACAGAACAGAACUUCAUGGGAGAAUGAUUUCUGUGGAAAAGGCAAAAAAUGAGCCAGCUGGUAAGAAAUCCUCCGACAAGAAAGAAAAUGAGUCAAAAAGAGAGAAAUCUUUAAGUCAGGAUCGACGACAUUCAACUGAAAAUUCAGAAAAGUCUUCACCAAACAAGAAAGAUGUGUCUGAUAAAGGUGAUGGGAAAUCCACCGAAAAAGAUAAGAAUGAACGUAGAAGUACAACCUCUGAUCGUUCCAGAACUAGCAAAUCCGGAAGCAGGGGAGCUGAAAGGAAAGUUGUCAUGGAUAAAUCUAAGGGGGAACCUGUGAUUAGUGUAAAAGCAUCUUCUGAAAGGAGUUCCAAAAGCCAGGAUCGAAAAUCUGCGAGUAAAGAAAAAAGUGAGAUACUGUCUUUUGAUAAAAUAAAAAAACAGAGGGAGCAUGAGCGCCAGAGACAAAGAGAGCGAGAAAUUAGAGAAAUGGAAAGGCAAAGAGAACGAGACAAAAGAGUGCGUGAGCGAAUCCUUAUGGCUCGUGAAAGAGAAGAGCGAGAAAAGCUACGACGAGAACGUGUAAGGCUUGAGUUUGAGAGGGAACGUCUUGAAAGAGAACGUAUGGAACGGGAGAGACUGGAAAGAGAGCGAAUGCGAAUAGAGGAAGAAAGGCGGAUCGAACAGGAUCGUAUCCAGAGAGAGCGAGAGGAGCUUCGUCGCCAGCAAGAACGUUUGCGUUAUGAGCAGGAUCGCCGAUCAGGGGUCAGAAGGCCCUAUGAUACAGACUUCAGAAGAGAUGAUUCAUACUGGCCAGAGUCAAAGAGAAUGGCUAUGGAUGAUCGCUACCAUGAUUUUGGAAGACUGGACCGUUAUCAAGAUUUUACAAAUAGAGAUCGUGGAGGACGUUACAUGGAUCACUUGCACAACGACAGGAGGGAUGACUCUCGGUCUGGCUUGGGAGGCAGAGAUAAUUAUCCAGAUCGCCAUAUGAGAGAGACUCGAGAAGGUUGGGGAGAGUACAAUAGACAUAUGCAUGAAGGACGGAAUAUACCACCACAUGGAAGGGGUGGUCGUGGUUGGGGUGAUCAUGGCCGUAAGAUUGAUACUUCAAGACCAGGUGAUCGAGGCGCGCCACCUCCCUCAGGACAAGGGCAAAUAAAUAGAGGAGGAAUUCAUGGCAAUUUCCCCCCAAAUGAAAAUUCACAAAAUAUGUCGUCCACAAUGGGACCUCAGGGUGGUGGAAACUUUGCCGGACAAAACAGACCGAAUGAUGAACGGUUUCCAAAUCGUUACUAAAAAUGUUGAAUCUUAUUUUAUGGUUGAAGUUUUUUUUUUAAAGAUUAUCUGACAGCAGGGUUAUUCAUACUAACCUGCUGGUACUGGGUAAAAAGUGCAUGUGAUACAGGUCAUAACUGAUAAUUCUACAUAAUGCAGUUGAGAUAUGGACAAAAAUAGGAAUAUGCAUAGGAGUAGGUUACGUUCUAGGUAAUUCCCCCAGUGCACUGCUGCACCAAGCAGGUCCUGUAAGAAUGCCCCCUAGUAACCAUGGGAAAAAAGCAAAAAAACUGUAACUUGGCUGCAAUGUGACGUGAGAUCCUGCCCUAGCGCAGUAAUAUUUCACAUCUCAUAGCGCUUAUGUCACUUCUGGUGCGAAAAAGGAAAACUCUCAAACUACCCUGUACCAUUAGGGUAGUAUGGGGAACCUUUUCAGCAAAGUCCGUUUUGGCUGUGAAAUUUUGUUUUGGUGAAAGAUUUGUUUGGCAUUUCGUGACAAAUUAGGUCCACUACCAUUAUCUGGCCUUUUUUUUUUUGUUUGUUUUUUCCCUCCUUUUGUCUUGAAGCUGUUCCAUUUUGUAAUUUUUGCAUUGCCAUCAUGUUAUGCUGAUCUGUACUACGUGAAGGAGUUUUUACUCUAAUAAUCUAAUGUACUAAUAAUUAACUUUUUUUUUUCUUUUGUUUAUGGUAUUGAAAUGUUAAAAGUAAAAAAUAAAAAAAU